AAGAUCAAAGAACUGAAAUAGAAAAAUUAAAAAAACAAUUACAAAAGGCUUACGAAGAUAUAGCUAAAAUUCAUGAUCUAUAUAAUGAACAACAUAAAAAGAACGAAAUUCUUAUUAGACAGCAAAAUUCACAGUUCAUUAAUCAGCAAGAAUGCAUCAAGGCAAUUAUUAAAAUAGCAAAUGCAAAACGUGAAUCAUUAUUCAAUGACAUAGAAUCAUUGAUCAGAGAUAAUAAUAAGUUUUCAAUCGAGAGUCUUAUUACAUAUACCUCACGAGAAUGGUUCAAUAAACGAAAUCAGGUUGCCAUUAAAUUUAUUGAAACACUCGUUCAUAACAAUCAAGAUAAUACUUUAAGCCAGGAAAAGAUUUUUAAAACUGCAGUUGCGAUCGAUACAAUAUAUGGAGCACGACAUGGAAAAUAUGUAUCAGAGAUUCAGCUUGUAGCCUUGGCCAUCAAAUAUUCAAUUGCACGAUCAAAGAUGAUAAUUAAUAUUGACAAUCAUAUUACAAGUUCGGGAAGUUAUUAUCGGUUCCAAAAAUGGUUAGAAGAGUUGUCAGAGAAUGAAGAAUCAUUACCCGAAGGCCUUUUAUUUCUUACUUUUGAUAAUGAACAAAGAGGACAAAAAAAUUAUUUGAUCGAGGAUCUAAUAUAG